CAUCAGAGCAAACGCUAACCGGAAGUGACGUUGAAAUGUCUCAUCAUUUCCGGGUCAAAUAAGCGCGCUGAAUUCGAGUAACAUUUUCUUCCCAUCGCGCUGGACUGUGUUCCGCUGGAUAAACUGUCGCCAACUUGUCGACGUCGGUGCUGUAAAGAAUGCAAAGUAACAGAAUGGACGUGGACCAUCAUCAAAAGAAAAUCAAUAUAGAAGUCCAUCUCAAAUCACAAAGUGGAGUAAAAUUGUCUGAGGUGAAGAUGCAUGUCCAGGCUCUGCUAAGUCGCCACUGUGUGGUGUUUGGAAACUACAAGUGGACAGAGUUUGAUGAAGACUUUCUACGCAGUCAUGUGAAAUCUGUGGCAGUCGUUGAUCUGGAGGAGAUGGCAUCUCAGCCUCUCGAUUUGUCGAGCUGUGCAAUCACCAUUCACAUGUUCACCCUCAAUGAGGAUGGACCCAGCACGCUUAGUUUGGAGGAGGAUGAGGAACUUUCAGCUGCUAAUCAUUGGUUGCUUCCAGCAGCUGAGUUCCAUGGGAUUUGGGAGAGUCUAGUGUAUGAGAGUGGAGUCAAAACUCAGCUGCUUGAUUAUGUCACAACAACGAUGUACUUCUCAGACAAAAACGUAGACAGCAACCUGAUUUCUUGGAAUCGUGUAGUGCUACUUCAUGGGCCCCCAGGCACAGGGAAAACAUCCUUGUGUAAAGCUCUCGCCCAGAAACUGUCAAUCAGACUGUCAAGUCGGUACACAUAUGGACAAUUUGUAGAGAUAAACAGCCACAGCUUGUUCUCAAAGUGGUUCUCUGAGAGCGGCAAACUGGUCACAAAGAUGUUUCAGAAGAUCCAGCAGCUUAUUGAUGAUAAAGAAGCUAUUGUGUUUGUUCUCAUUGAUGAGGUAGAGAGUCUGACAGCCGCAAGGAACGCUUGUCAAGCGGGAACCGAACCAUCUGACGCCAUUCGUGUGGUCAACUCUGUCCUCACUCAGCUAGACCAAAUCAAACGACAUUCCAACGUCGUGAUCCUGACUACCUCCAACGUGACGGAAAAAAUCGACUUAGCCUUUGUGGACAGGGCGGACAUUAAGCAGUACAUUGGGCCACCGUCUGUGAAGGGCAUUUAUCACAUCUAUCUUUCGUGCCUGGAGGAGCUCAUGAAGUGUCAGAUCAUUUACCCGCGCCAGCAGCUGUUCACCAUGUUUGAGCUGGAGACCAUGGGCUUUGCAAGAAGUGAAGUGUCAGAACACAGUCUAACCGUGAGGGACAUCGCUGUAAAAAGCAAAGGUUUGAGCGGACGAGCUCUGAGGAAGUUACCGUUUCUUGCUCAUGCCCUUUUUGUAAAGACCCCUACAGUGACUCUGGAAAGGUUUCUGGAGGCCAUGGACCAGGCGGCCGAUAAACAGAAGGAGGAAAAAGCUAACCUGGUGAACAGUUUUUGACACAUUUUGUUCUUGGGUUCAUGAUUAGUUUUUUGGGGGGGUUGUCAGCCAACAUCAGGUAACAUGGUGCUGAAAGUUUACGUUUUUAUGCCUUUGUUUUGUUGGCUCUAUACUGCCCUGAAAUGGUUUUUGUUCCUAUUAGUAAUUGUUUACAAAGCUUGCUGUUCGGAGUUAGCCUAUAAACUCUUGAUUUUAUGCAGCACUUUAACUGCAACUUUGAACACAACUGCUUAAUGUCUCUUUUUGAAGAGAUUUUCCCCCAACACACAUCUGAUUACAUUUUGUAGAAAGCAAAUUAGGAACACUCAGCUAAGAAAGUAAAUUCCAAUUUUUAUAGUUUAGAAAAUAAUUCAGUAAACAAAUCCGUAGAAUGACAUCCUCUUAGUUACACAGACAAUUCUCAAUGGGUUAUCAGAUAACAUUCAUGUAUUAUAAUAUUCAUAUUUAAACAAAUGAUUGAAUUCUUAAGAUGUUGUAUAUUAACAGAAAUAAAAACA